AUGAAGUGUUCACUAAUCAAUCUUAUUGUUUUUGUAAUUAUUGUAAAUUCGGAUGCAAAUAAACCGUUGUUUCGACCACAAUUACCGAUCGGUGAAUACCGAAUUAAAUUCUUAGCAGUGUUUCGUUGCGAAUCUUCGAAUGACCAACUCCAGUUUAAUUUAUACUUAAGCAAAACAUCUGUCAACACAACAGAAAUCAAAGGCAACUUAACCUAUUUAGAACCGAUUGAUGAUUCUCUUAAUAAUGAAGUAAACCUGGCGAUAAAGGAUACUGUUAAUGGUUGGAAGGACAAUGCUCACGUUUACAAGACAGCUAAGGCUUGCUCGUCACUCAAAAUGUUAAUGGGAAAUUCUUGGACUGCAAUAAUGGAAAGCUUAGGAAUGAACAAUAUAAGUUGUCCUAUUCCCGUGGGUUGUUAUAAAUCAUCUGGUAUCAGGCUUAAUAAAAACUUUUAUGCCAAUUUACCCAAGCAGUUUUUUUAUGGAACAUACAAAUCUCGUAUUCAAUUCACCAAAAACAAGGUAGUACAUGGCUGUACUAUUUCUAUUAUAGAGGUGAAGCGGCCUUGGGAAACUGAUUAAACAUUAAAUUACAACGCAACAUUCAUUCGUGAUUAAUAACUCAAUAACCAGUUUAUUUCAACUCUAUGCCACAUUCAAAUAAAAAAACGCUUGCCAAGUCAGGGAUCGACAUGUAAACUUUCUAGAUUUUUAAUUUUUAGAAAUGUAUUAACUGAUAUCACACCCAAACGGUAUAAAAAUUUGAAUCCAGAAAAAUGUCUGU